UUCCAUCUUCUUGACCCCACCACUAUCAGCAACCACGUAGGAACGUACAACACCGUUUUGAUUCAGUAUCGUCAGUAUCGCGCGAACCAUACUGUUGUUUGAGAGUUCAUCGCGUGUCCUUAACUCUUUUUUCGGCUUUUUCCCUCGCUUUCUCUUUCUCGAGCACGACGAAAAAGUGACCCAGGAACAGAAUCUUCGUUAUGAAGUUUGUUUUACCUCAGAAGUGUCUUAAAACAAUCAAACUUUAAUUGCAUCUUGGUAAUGAUAUUGCAAAUAUUCUUUUCUGUCUCGGAAUAGAAAACAAGAAGUAAUAAAAAGAAAUAAUAAAAAAAAAGUAACGAUAAUAAUAGUGACAAUAUGUGAUGGUGUUUGAUCAUUAUUUCUUCGAGGUAAAAUCUAUGUAUAUUCGAGGUUCUUACGAGGCGCGUUCAUUCGGGAAGAGUACUGUGGCAUCGUUGGUUCUUGCGGCGGUGUGUUUCACGCUCGAUUAAUUUCUUAGGUGCGACAUACUUCACCACCGCCACCAGCACCAACAUCUGCAGCUACUCGAAAGGAGAGUUCGUCACUUCGUGGUCCUCGAACUCUCCUUCUUAAACGUAGCGAAAAUGGCUUCGGAUUCACUCUCCGACAUUUUAUCGUUUAUCCGCCCGAGUCCUGUUGCAUGUUGCCAGGACACGAGCGGACAAGGAUCGAUGAGCCUAUGGACACGAUCUUCGUAAAGCAGGUGCGAGUCAAUUCGCCAGCAGCAGAAGCAGGUCUUCGUACGGGUGAUCGGGUGGUUUCCGUUGAUGGAAUACCAACACGAGGUGAACAAUACGCCAGUGUAGUGCAACGUAUUCAACAAGCGGGUCCUUGGUUGCGACUACUCGUUGUUUCAAAAGAAGACGAUAUCUUGCAACGGUACUUUGGUGAAACGGCACACAAUCCUGAGACGAAUCAACGUCCACGAUUACGUUCUCCAGAGAGGAUUUCUCAGAAGCAAAGAAGAUCUAUCAGCAUGAUCCCUGGAUCGUCGCCGAAAACAACGAGGCAAUCAUGGAUUUGCUCGCUUCCAGAUUCAGAGAAUCAGAAUACGACUUGUAGAGAAAGCGAAGAGGCUGUUUACAAAGAACAACAAGGCAACAAGAUGUCACCGUCUAUACCAGUUAUCACGGCGCAACAAAGAAGAUUCCUGCAAGAAACGAGUGUUCCUUGCGAACCUAUCGAGGAUAGAAUGCAAUCAAGAAAACUACAGCAACAACAAGCUAGAGAAGCCAUGGAAUCGCCUCUCCAGUCGUACAGCCGUCCCUCACCGGAUCAGAGGUUCGAUUUGUAUGAUAGAACGCGUCCCGAAUCGAUUUACUCUAGACCGAGUAACGAACAAAUUUACGAUCGAAUUAAAGAUCCUAUUUACGAACGCGUUAGAUCAGGUGAAUCAGGCCAAUUUGAGAAAGAACAACAACAGCUAACGAUGUUACGUUAUCCUAUGUCCCGCGCGGAACCACAAGUUCCUAUUUACCGUCCUGGCAGACGAGUGAUAACGAGACGAGCAAGUGAAGGUAGUGGAGGGACUGGGCAAACAAAUGAAUCAGAAGUUCCGAGUUAUGGAAGUAUAGAUGCUCUUAGAUUAAACGAUCCAAGUUUAAGGUUGAGCAUGGAUUCUCGAAGAGACUCCUCACCAGUCAGUAAGGGUAGUUUGUCCUCGUUUGAUUCUAAUUCGACCGUUACUGGAAACGAGUGCUCUGAUGACUCUGUAAUCAUGAACAGAUUACGUAAGAGUUUCGAACAAAAGGAAGAAUUUUUACGCAGACCGAGUCAUCCGAUCGGAUGGAAUAUCGCCGAGGAUGCGUCAAGAUUGCAACAAGGUAGUAGCAACUCGGCUGUUAUUCAAAGAGAAUUUUACGCGAGACCGCAAAAACUUCAAAGGCAAAUUUGGCCGCCUAAUGAGCAACAACAAAGGCAACAAUCGCCUACGAGAAGAGUGGAAAAUAAAAGUAAUGGUAAAUUGUCAUUAACGAAACCGUCGAAUCAAAACGUCCAAAGAGUGAAGACGGAUAUUGAUUCUGAAUCGGAUUAUACUAAUACGCGAAGCGAUCAGAAUGAUGAUCGAUCGAAUCUUAUUGACAGUCAACGUAGCAUCAGAGAUAGAUUUUAUUCCAGUCUUUAUGAGAGCCAAUUGGGCAAAGAAAAUCAUUUCGUUUAUCUAUCAACUAAAACUAACGAUCAGGAUAGAUAUAAAAACAGCAAUAAAUCUGUUUUCGUUAGCACCUUAUCGAGAAUUCAUGAAAAUACGUCGAACUUAGCAACGAAUCAGCAACAACCUCAAGAUCCUCGGAAUGAAUCACUUUCUGUACCAUCUUCGCCAGGCCCAGAUAAAAAAAAUAAUGACAAAUUCCUGGUACCCCCGCAGGGACUACAAAUUGUUUCUAGACGAGCGAAACAAUUCGAGUCCGGUCGACUUCUUAGCGAUGAUGAAGAGCCAACCAGCGAUCGAACUAAUCUGUACAAAAGCGAGCUGUCUAGGUUGUCUAACAAACGAAGUGUACCAAAUGUUGCUGUUAUGAAGAGAGAGUUCGAGUCGAAAGCAGAAUCACAAGAACCAAGAAGAAUGCCUGGUAAUAGAGAGAGCAGGUCGUUAGAUUCCGGAAAGGGAUUGUCCGGGAACAGAAUAUUUCCUAUAGGCAGCAAGUACAUCCAUUGUGAACCCCCUGCCAACUAUAAAGAAGUUCAAGAAAUACCAACGAUGGAAAUAGAAGCAGUUCAUCUUAGGGCACGUAGUAAUAGUGCAGAAUCUUGGGAAACUGUAAACGGAUCGCGUGGAAAUAUAAGACAUACAUGGCAAACAGAGCAAGAAGAGGAGAAAGACAUUAGAAAUGAUAAUAAUAAUGGUGAUAGUAAAAACCAAAGCUAUGCACAGUCUACUAGAAGUCAACUUGCUUCUUGCGAUGAAACAUCAAACAAUGGAGUAAUCCUUAGACGACAGAAAAACGCACAAUUAAGUGAUGAAGAGCGCGCUACGAGAAGAGUUUCCUACCUGAAAGCUACGUGGGGUGAACGAAUGCACGUUGAUAGCGAUUUAGAUCUUAGUGACACUGAACCUGUUCACGUUCUUAGAAGUGCACAUAGACGAUGGAGACCACCGUCAUUUACAAGUGACAUAGCACCGUUAAGACGAAUCUUUGAGGAUAUGACGCAGUCUGCAAAUCUUCAUCGACAUUCUCUUCGUAACAGUAUCAUAAGUACUACGGAUAGUGGCAACGAAGCUCCGAAAGAGGUUGAACCUAUUGAACGAGAAGGCACACUUCACAUCAAGUUCACAGUGCUCGAUGGCAAGCGAUCUUCUGAUCGUUCCUGGAAGCAAAUUUGGGGUGUUCUUCGAGGUCCAAUUUUAUUUUUUUAUAAGGAUCGUCACAGUCAGAGCCCUUCAUCGGUUAACGAUACUGAAGGUACUGUACAAAAUAUUGAUGUAAGGUGUUCAUUGGUGGAUAUUGCUGAGGAUUAUACUAAACGAAAACAUGUAUUACGAGUGGUGAAUCCUACAGCAGAAGUGCUUUUACAAACAGAAGAUGCAGCUUCGAUGGCUCUUUGGCUAAGAUCACUUCAUAAAUAUGCUGCUACUGAAAAGCCAUUGGAUAUUACCUCUAGUACUUUGAAACAACAAGCAGUACCACAAACUCCCGGACCAACAACACCCAGUGUUGCCUCUGUUCAAAAUGCUAAUCAAAGACUGAGUCCCUUACCCAGUCAUAAAGGUAUCAAGAAGUUAACAUCUUUCAGAAAUAGAUCACCGACUGGGCAAUCGCCAGUAAAUAAAACAAGAAAGCCAAGUCAAAUUGUAGAACCUCUUUCAUCUCCAAAAACCAAAACUUGGAAGGGUAGAGUAGCUAAACAAUUUAGAAGAAUGCAUGGUUCACCAUCAUCACCUACUGCACAAUUGCCACCUGAAGGAGCUACAUUUAAAGUGCCACUUGAACUUUGUCCAUCGUCUUCCUUUUCGGAAUUUGUACCUCUUAUAGUUGAAAUGUGUACUAGUAUAGUUGAGGCACGUGGUCUUGAAGUUGUUGGAAUAUACAGAGUGCCAGGAAAUACUGCUGCCAUUUCUCAGCUUACUGAGAGUGUAAAUAAAGGAUUUGAAAACAUUAAUCUUCAGGACCCCAGAUGGAGCGAUGUGAAUGUGAUAUCUUCUUUACUCAAGUCUUUCUUUCGACAUUUACCAGAUUCACUGUUAACUGCAGAAUUAUAUCCCAUGUUCAUUGACGCGGAUAAGAUUGAAGAUCCUCAAAGGAGAAUGGCAACUAUAAGGAAAUUAUUAAGAGAUCUUCCAGAACAUCAUUUUGAAACACUCAAAUACUUAAUGUUACAUUUGAAGAAAAUUGUAGAACACAGUGAAGUUAAUAAGAUGGAAGCUAAAAAUUUAGCUAUUGUUUUUGGACCUACAUUGGUACGCGCAAGUGGUUCAAGGGAUAAUAUGGUUACGAUGGUCACUGAUAUGUCUCACCAAUGUAAAAUAGUCGAAAGCUUAUUAAAUAAUGUUGAUUGGUUUUUCUCAGACGAAGACCUUGAUGAUUUAAGUAGACUUAGUGUAAAUUUAAGUCUCCCAGCUGAUGGUUGUGAGGUUGAACCAACAUCUAAUACAAAUCAUAAUCUUCUUUUAAACAAUAUACAAAAAGUCGAAGGCAUGCGUGAAAUGGUAUCAGCAAAGGACAUUGUAUCUUCAAUCAUAUCUGCAGCUAAUCGGAAAAUUCAAAGAAGACGAAAAGGCCAGGACGAAGCAGAAAAUGAAGAACAUGAUGAAGAGAAGGUUAAAAUGAAGCAUGAAUCGGACAGUUCACCGACGAUUCGACAAAGCAUGGCACUUAAUGAACGUCAAUGUUCUGUCAGUGAAAUAGUAUUGAUGCAUGAAAACAAAAGUCACCUCAAUCAUUCUAAUAAUUCUUCCGAGCCGACUGAUCGAUCUUCAGCAACAAAUAAUAAUAGUCCAGUAAGUGCUUCAUCCUCUAGUCGAUCCAAAUAUUCGAAUCAACUUGUGCCUGCUAUCUCUUCGAGUUCCGAAUCUUCGAGACCUUUAAGCGAGGCUGGUUUGAAUUGUGUGGAUACAAACUCGAUGACAUCAAACGCAUCCAAUGAGACUAAACAGAGUAAUGAUGAGGUAGCUAUAAGAACGUAUGCCGGACUGAGUGCAACAACACAAGAAAGAAUACGAAGGUUUGAACAGGAGACAAAGGCUAUGUUGCAGAGAGAUCAGCAUCGCCAAAGACGCGAAGCAGAGAAGAGAGAAGAGGAAAGACGAAAAAUAGAAAAGGAAUGGCAAAUGGCAAAACGAGAAAUGGAAAAUGACGAUCUCUUAGAUACUAUAGUAGACAGUACAGUGAUUCCUAAUUUUCUAUCCGAACGUCUCUCCAAUAUGAAUCAGAGGUUGGCAGAAAAAUCAUUAGUGGAUCUCCCCGAGAAACAUGUUCGAUCAAGAUCAACGACGAGAAUUACUCCGUUAUCAAUAGCUGUACAACAACAACCUACGGCGCGACAGAAAGCACAAGCUACUAAUCAACUUACUAAUGUAUUAGGCGAGAAGAUAAAUAAUGGUGUUAUAAAAAAGUUUAAAACAGAUAAAGAGCCGUCUUUAGAAUCUAUUUGCCUACCGCCUAUUCGUUAUGGCAGCUUGGAUUCGUUGCAUGAAGUACACACGCUUCCUCAUUCUUCACCCUCGCCAUCUCAACAACGGAGAGGACUUUCUGGAGAUAUCUCGGACGAUGGUAGCGAUUUAUUGACUAGCCUUACGACAACCUUCGAUCGUAAAUGGAGGUCACUCGUAAAUCCAUCAAGUCAAAUUAUUCAAACGCCCGUAGAACCUGUACCUGUCAACAAUAUCGAAAUUUCAGAUGAUCAAAAAAAACAAAAGGUGGAAGAUCUGUCCGAAAAGAAUCAACAAACAGAAAAAGUUUACCGGGAUCCUAGUCUUCAUAAAUCAUCGAUCGAUAAAAAUCAUUUUCUUCGAGUAAAAGACGAGGCAUUAGAAAAAGAUACAGAUUCAACGGUUACCGAAGUACAUGAUACAGAAGCAAUGAUUACGCCGGAUAACGAUCGAAAUGCAAUCAAAUUGGAAACGAAAAACGUUCUUAAUCAUUUGAAAGAAACUAAUGCGAUAACGGAUUCGACUAAAAAGGAAGAUGACAAAAAGAAAGAAAUUAUUGAUAUUGCUCAAAUUACUGCUACAAAGGAAGGAAAUGGAUCGUCGACUUUUCGCAAAUCUAGUGAUAUGGAAAAUAAAACAGAAGAAAAAAAGGUUCACGAUCGAGAACUCGAUUCGAAUUAUUCAAACAAAUUAGAAAAAUUCGAGAUAUUAACAAAUACCGAGGAGAGAUCACGAUUGAAGAGAUCCGAAUCAUUGAAUAAGAGAUCGGAAAAUACUUUUUCUAAAUUAAAAAGAUCCGAAAGUUUAAACAAGCAUUCCGAAAGAUUAGCUUCACCGACGAAUAGUAAAUUAAAGCGUUCGGAAAGUUUAAAUAAACACUCCGACAGAUCCGAAUCGCCUAAUAGUAAGCUGAAGCGAUCGGAGUCGUUGACUAAAACGGAGAAGACAGAAUGUAAUAUCAGUAAAAGACGACAAUCCGUUAGAAAGGAUAGUGCUACGAAAUUAAAGAGGAAAAACGGGAUGCCGGAGAGAUCAAUCAAAAGAAGACACACGGUCGGUGGUACGAAGGACUUCGAUAAAGUUCACUGGCUUGAUAAUAAAUUACAAUCGGAGGCAGAGAGAGUUGUUAAAAAUGAUUACAAGCCAAAGAAAAGUCAACUGAGAACAAGUUCACCCGAUCUAAGUACCAAUCGCGUCAACGUAACAGAUACUAGUUUUUUGAUCGAAGUCAGUUUUCGUGGUCCCAGUAAUGUUGUUUUUAAUGUUACUAAUGCACGACCACAAUCCUUGCCAGACGCCAAUUUAGCGUCGAAAGUUUUCAAAGUACCUCUCGAAAGUCACGUCUAGGUACUUCUAUUUUAUUAAAAUAAUACCUGCCAUCGCUUUCAAUUGAUAAUGCCACGUGUAAUUAAUUGCUAAACGAGCCAUAUCAAAUUCGAUAUCAGACAUUGAUCAGAUAUUUUCACAUAAACUCCGAAUCGUCUAAUAGUUAUCAAUUUGUUCAAAAUAUAUUAUAAAUUUUUUCAAAUUCAUCGAAUGUAGGUAUGCAAAGCACAUAAAAAAUUACUCAUCCGUGCCAAAGAAUUUUGAUAUCAGUUUUUUAAAAAGUGAUUCUUUAAUCAACAUUUUUUAUCGCUUUUGUUCAAGGAAUGAAAUUAAAAAUUUUAAUAAUUUUUAUAAAUUCAAAUUGAAUUCUUGAUUUUGGAUUUGCACGUGUAUCACUUAUCGUUUGCGAAUGAAUGAAAUGCUAAUACGCUGACCAAAUCAUUUUAUGCUAUUAUUGUAUUAUGUUAUGUUAUAUAAAUUAUAUUAUAUUAUAUAUUAUGCUAUAGCUGCAUUGAGUAUUAAUGCAGUACGCAUAUAAUGAUAUUCCGUUGGUAAAGAAAUUUAUUUGACUUUAUAAGAGAAAACAAAGAAGUAAUAUAAUAUUUCUAAGAGAGCAAGCAAUAAUCUUGCUUCUGGUAUUUAUAUCGUGUCAAUUAUCCAACACAUCAUAUUUGUGAAUUGUGAUUGAGUAAAUUUUUGUAUAUAAAGUAUAUAUACAUACAUACAUACAUACAUACAUACAUACAUAUAUAUAUAUAUAUAUAAUAAGCGGCCCGCACGAACGGUAGGAUAGUUUUAUACCGUGACGUCAAUCUAUCUUUAAAUUUAUAUUUUAAUAACCGAUUUGCAUAUUUGUGAGCCUCUCGCAUAUAUACGGUAGCAUUGAACUUGGCUUUGUUUCACAAGGUCCUUGUAAAGAUAUAAUGUUUAGCAUAAAUAGCAGAAUUUGUAUGCAUUUGUCUCUGUGUUGAAAAAUUUGUACAUAUUACACGUACACACACGUUAAAUCUAUAUAAGGGUAAAUGAUCUAGUGAAAGUAUGAAAUUCGUAAAUCUUCGAAAAUAUUAUCUUAUACUUUUCCCAUUCAAAAAAAAUCUUGCUUUUAAAGCAAAUAAAAAACUAGUUAAUAUUCUAUAUCUUCUCACAUAAAAGUAUACACCAUGUGAUAAAAAUGAUUACGCGUCAAUCUAUACACAUAUUAUACAAAUUGUUAUACUAUAUUUUCGACGCGUAUUGCAUAGUUUGUAAUCAAGAUUAUUUUAAUCUACGUGCGAGACUGCUGUUAUGGUAUUUUAUAGUCUAGUAAAGGCUUAAGUUUAUAUAUAUACCGAGAGAAUAAUAUGGUAAACGUCUGUUCUAAAAAUAUAUAAAGAAAUCUAAUUUACAAAAGAGAACUCGAAGUUCUCGAUAAUAUGCAAAGAUAGGAAAUGUUUUACAAAUAAUUUCAAGUUAAUACAUUUUAAUCUUAUGGAAAUCAUAAAUACGCAUGCUUUGGAAUCAAAAAGGGAAGCUUGCAACAAGAAUUUGACAUCUACUGUUAUAUGUCUAAAUCGCGUUCGCCAUAUAAAAUCGACUAUAUUGCAGUUGUAUUCUAAAAGACCAAUGUACACAAAUAAUAUCGCGUUCUUUAAAGUUAGUUUCAUGUUAAGCUUUCACACAAACUACGUCAUAUAUAAACACUUAUAUUUUCGAAGUAUGGUAAGAUUUGUCUCUUGCCGAUUUUUUUCACUUUAAAUAUUCUCUUAGAGGGGUUGUGCCCUUGAUAUACGCGCAGAUCUGGCAAUCACCUUGACGGUUAUGUAUCUCCAAUAGAAAACAAACUCAUUAAUGCAUUUUCUUAAUCACACGCGAAAAUUUUAUCGACAUUUUCGCAUAUGUGAUUUAAGGAGACGAGUGACUGGGGACCAGAAUGAGUACUCUGAUUUACUCCAAAAUAAUUCGAAGCUUAUAGAAGCAAAAAUAUCUACAAGUAGAUUUUGAAACUUCUUAAGAUCUUUAUCGAUUCUUGUCCUGCAUUUUCGAUACAUCCAAGAGCAAACAUGAGUCGCUCAAACUGGCCCUUGAAUUUCACUUAUGUGGAAGUUCAUGUUGAAGUAGCACUUAGGAAUCAAGUGUAAAUACAAAUGUAAUUAAAUUUCGAGGGCCGACGGUAUAAUAUUUAUUACAAAACAAUAGUAUUUGUGAUUGUGUUAUUUAUUAAUUAUUGCUUAAGUCUGUUGUUCGCAGAACUCUGUAACGUUGGACGGAUAAAGGCAUUAAAUUUGUAAAUAAAAUCUUCCUAUGAGAGACACAGA